CCUGAAAAUAGGAAAUGAGAAGAGAGUUACAGACCAGCUGCACUGAGGAAUGAAGACCUGUUGUGUGUAUUCCCCAAUCUGAUUGACUUGCUCAGGGAGGCUGAAGCAUCUAUCUCCAGAAAUGUCUUUGGAAAGUACAGAGCAACAUGGCCUUGCACUCAAGGACUCAGUUGAAGGAAAUGACCAAUACAGUCUUCCGUCUGGGAUCCAUCUGGAGCUUGAAAAGGAAUCAAGUACUGACUUCAAGCAUUUUGAGGCUGAUAAUCAAUGCAGACAAUAUCCUAGGAUCCACAUGGAACCUCAAGAGAAAUCAAAUACUAACUUUAAGCAGUUUGUCACAAAAAAACUACAGAAGAGUUGCCAGUGCAGCCCAACCAAAGCAAAAAAUAUGAUUUUUGGUUUCCUUCCUGUUUUGCGGUGGCUCCCAAAAUAUGAUCUGAAGAAAAAUAUUUUAGGAGAUGUGAUGUCUGGCUUGAUUGUGGGCAUCUUGUUGGUGCCCCAAUCCAUUGCUUAUUCCCUCUUGGCUGGCCAAGAACCGAUCUAUGGUCUGUACACUUCUUUUUUUGCCAGCAUCAUUUAUUUCCUACUGGGGACUUCCCGUCACAUCUCUGUGGGCAUUUUUGGAAUACUGUGCCUUAUGAUUGGUGAGGUAGUUGACCGAGAACUACACAAAGCUGGCUAUGACACUGCCCACAUUGCCCCUUCUUUAGGAAUGGUUUCAGAUGAGAGCACAUCAUUAAACCAGACAUCAGACUGGAUAUGUGACAGAAGUUGCUAUGCAAUUGCAGUUGGCAGCACCGUAACCUUUAUGGCUGGAGUUUAUCAGGUAGCAAUGGGCUUCUUUCAAGUGGGCUUUGUUUCUGUCUACCUCUCAGAUGCCUUGCUGAGUGGAUUUGUCACUGGUGCCUCCUUCACUAUUCUUACAUCUCAGGCCAAGUAUCUCCUUGGCCUCAGCCUUCCUCGGAGUAAUGGCGUGGGCUCACUCAUCACUACUUGGAUACAUAUCUUCAGAAACAUCCAUAAGACCAAUCUCUGUGAUCUCAUCACCAGCCUUCUGUGCCUUUUGGUUCUUUUGCCAACCAAAGAACUCAACGAGCACUUCAAGUCAAAGCUUAAGGCACCAAUUCCUACUGAACUCAUUGUCAUCGUGGCAGCCACAUUAGCCUCUCAUUUUGGAAAGCUAAAUGAGAAAUACAAUACCAGUAUUGCUGGACAUAUUCCCACUGGGUUUAUGCCACCCAAAGCACCGGACUGGAACUUAAUUCCUAGUGUGGCUAUAGAUGCAAUAGCUAUUUCUAUCAUUGGUUUUGCUAUUACUGUUUCACUUUCUGAGAUGUUUGCCAAGAAACAUGGCUACACCGUCAAAGCUAAUCAGGAAAUGUAUGCCAUUGGCUUUUGCAAUAUCAUCCCUUCCUUCUUCCACUGCUUUACUACUAGUGCAGCUCUUGCAAAGACAUUGGUUAAAGAAUCAACAGGCUGCCAAACUCAGCUUUCUGGUGUGGUGACAGCUCUGGUUCUUCUGUUGGUCCUCCUCGUAAUAGCUCCUUUAUUCUAUUCCCUUCAGAAAAGUGUCCUUGGUGUGAUCACUAUUGUAAAUCUCCGGGGAGCUCUGCGUAAAUUUAAGGAUCUGCCCAAGAUGUGGAGGGUUAACAGAAUGGAUACAGUUAUCUGGUUUGUUACUAUGCUGUCCUCUGCACUGAUAAGUACUGAAAUAGGCCUGCUUAUUGGGGUUUGUUUUUCUAUGUUUUGUGUCAUCCUCCGCACUCAGAGGCCAAAGAGUUCAUUGCUUGGCAUGGUGGAACAGUCUGAAAUCUUUGAAUCCAUGUCUGUUUAUAAGAACCUUCAGGCUAAGCCGGGCAUCAAGAUUUUCCGCUUUGUAGCCCCUCUCUACUACAUAAACAAAGAAUAUUUUAAAUCUGCCUUAUACAAAAAGACUGUCAACCCAGUCUUAGUAAAGGCAGCUCAGAAGAAGGCAGCAAGGAGAAAGGUAAAAAAGGAAACAGUGAAUCUCAGUGGAAUCCAGGAUGAAGUUUCAGUGCAGCUUUCCCAUCAUCUCUUGGAGCUCCAUACCAUAGUGAUUGACUGUAGUGCAAUCCAGUUUUUAGAUACAGCUGGGCUCCAUACGCUGAAAGAAGUUCGCAGAGAUUAUGAAGCCAUUGGCAUCCACAUUCUGCUGGCUGAAUGCAAUCCCUCUGUGAAGGAUUCCUUGGCCCGGGGAGAGUAUUGCAAAAAUGAAGACGAAAACCUCUUUUAUAGUGUAUAUGAAGCAGUGGCUUUUGCAGAAGAAACUCAAAAUCAGAAAGGGAUAUGUAUUCCCAAUGGUCAGAGUCUUUCCAAUGAUAAGUUGAAUAAGUAAAUGGAAGGAAGAAUAAUGUCUAGCCAACAGCAACUUGCACACUUGAAAUUUUAACCUAUUGGCUAGACAUUAUUCUUCAUUUGAAGCUGAUGGCCUUUGUAGAUACACAAAUGCAGUAGAGCUUAUAGUUAGGCAGAAUCAAAAAGAAUAUUGUGGUUUCAAGCUUUCUUGCAGAUAGGAGGUAUUCUUGGAAUUAAACAUCUGUUGAAUUGAACUAUGAAGUGGCACUAAAAAUAAAACUUAGUGACCAUCUUCUUUUAGGAGAUAUGCAUUUGGACUCUUCUCGAGGAGGUUAAGGGGUGAAGGUGGCAUUUACGAGAAGUGCUGGAGCCUACCUGAUAUGGCUUUUUGGAGAGAGAGUGGAAAGGAGGCAGGGAAAGAAUGUUGUGCCUGCUCCUGUAUGAGCAGAUCAAGAGGCAUCUGGAGCACAAAGUAAUAACUAGACAACUUUGUUCUUAUUUAUACUUCUCCAUACACAGUCUUUGCUCCCAAGAUGACAGUAGGAUCUCUGGUUUUUAAUAGGAAAGCACCAUUCCUGUCCUUAAGGCAGGGAACCCCUGGCACAGUCUCAUCAGGAGUCUGAUGGCUGGGCAUGUUUGACAGCCAGCUCCACGUUUUACAGAACACUCUCUGUAAUCCAUGUUUUUAGUCAGGCCUUUUUUUUUAGGGUAAGGAGGUAAGCAAAGAGCUCUUCAUAAUUAUCAAAAAUAGUGGGAAUCCUCCCUAUCUUUUCUGUGAUCUCUGUCUGUCCCUGUUUUCUGAGUAUUUCCCUACCUCUAAGCUCUAAUGUAGCUCUCCGUCUUUGAGUGUAUUUCCCAUGGAAACUGCUAUGUCUCCUUCCCAGUGAUAAGCUUGCCAGAUUAAGAGGCAGAAUGGCAACUCUGCAAUUCUGUAGAGCAUUUUAAAUUAGCUUGAGGCAAACUGUUUAGGACAGAUCACAAAUAGGAAUGAUUGACAGCUUCACUUAAUUUGUUUACUUGGGCUACGCCCACGUGCAACUAAGACUGAACUUGGCACCUUGAGCUUAGAGGCCACGAGCUGCCUACGGGAAGCCAGAUGGCGACUGGU